AUUCUCUGAUAUCCGCUUAGGUGAAUGGAGAUAACUUUGGGCAGGUUCAGCCCCGGAUCUCGCUCGGUGAAACGUGAUUACAGCAAAGCGACUUGCGCAUCGACAUUGGCACGACCUUGACAUCGGAUCCGAGGCGUCUGCUAUAUAAGUUUGUCGGGAUCGAGGGUAUCCUCUGAAGGGAAAGGGAAAGUAGUUCUACUCCGUGCCCACCAGCAAAUCAUAAUACCAAAGACUCUUAUCUAUGCGGUCGAUCACGCUUUUAACCCUGUCCCUGCUCUCUCUUGCGCUUACCGUUUCAGCGGCUCCGGCUCAUCAGAAACGAUGGGGCGCAUCCUCCCUUCCAUCGACAGGCUCGACGACGCUCAAGCCCAAGACGACUAGUAGCGGCUUCCUCACUGCCAAGGCUGGCAAACUUUACGUAGGCGACGAGCUUUGGACUUUUGCCACGUUCAACAGCCCUCAUUUGCUUACUAGCGACGAAUUCGAGGUCGUGGAUACGUUUGCCACCUUAUCCGCCUUCGGUCAACCUGUAACCCGAACUUACACUCUAGGUGUCUCUUCCAUCAACAUCCCCGAUGAGGAUGCUCACAUCAACGGGUGGAACGAGACGGCUGGAGAUUGGAUCUACAACGAGGCCAAAUUCCAGCAGAUGGAUAUGGUCAUGGAUGUCGCCAGACAAUGGGGAGCGAAAGUGAUUAUCCCGGUUAUCAACCAAGACUACGGAUCGCCUGACUCAAAUUACAACGGCGACUGGUCCGACCUCAUUCGGUUUCGGUACGGCCUCGACUCUUACAACGCCACCAAGUCCAUCGAUUUCUGGACCGACCCUACCAUGAUCGAGGGCUACAAGCUCAUCUUGAACAAGUUCUUGAGGAGGACGAACACGAUCAAUGGAAGGGUCUAUGGGAGCGAUGAUACGCUAGGUAUGAUCGAGAGCGGGAACGAGAUGAACUACAACAUGACGAAAGGAGCGGAUACCACUCGACCUCCUCCUGGAUCCUGGACGGUCAUGGCUGCGGAGCAUUCCAAAUCGCUCGCCCCGAACAUCCUCUUCUUGGACGGUUCUCUCGCUCGAAACAACUUUACCGAGCAGAGUUUCGCCCCAGAGGCUCUUGCUAGCCCUGCCGUGGACAUCUUUUCUUCCCAUUACUACCGCAAUAACCCCGUCGCUUACGAUUACAGAAGGAUCACGAACGAUUCGACCUACAUCACGGAUCACGGCAAGACCUUUAUCGUCGGUGAACACGGAUUUUACAACGAGACGUCUCAAUGGGACGACUUUUACAGGUUGCUGGAAUCGACCCCGACGGCAGGAGCCAUGUUCUGGGGUCUACGACCUCAUUCGUCCGCCAGCGGCUUCCUCGUUCACGGUGAAGGGGAUGGUAUCUACUCUUACCACGCGCCAGGAUGGAGUCCUGCUCCUGCUCCUCAGUUCGAUCCGCUGGAAUUGCCUGUGAUCCGAAAGACUUAUAAUGCCAGCUUUGCCGUUGUUGACCAGGACGUACCGAGGUACUACCCCGUUCCAUCGGCCCCCAUGCUAAACAUCACCGAUACGUCGAACGGUACGACCAUCUCUCUCCUUGGCGCUCCGUGGGCAAACUACUAUACCGUCUGGUCUACCGUCAACGGCAACGGCUGGGAAGAAUACAUCAGCAUCUUCUACGACAAUGUCCAGCCUGGGGAUGCCAACUUUACCUUGCCCGCGGGACAAGCUGGAGACUACGCCGCCAAGGGAGUCAGCGUGGACCUGAAGGAAGGGCCUUGGAGUAACGUGAUUACUAUCUAGUAAAAUUGGGGAUCAGAUUGAAUUGGUGAGAGAACAGGUCAGUCGUGCCUGCAAGCUGCUCUUGCUGUAGUGACUGUUAAAAAUUAGUAACUUGAUUGUAUUCAAUUACUGCUCUCGUGUUUCCUCCGACGAGGGUUCCUAUGUGAGAAUGGCC